CUGGGAAAAGAGAAAAAUAGCGAAACAACAUGACCUCAUCUACUCCACCGACCGGACAAGAAGCCCUCGCGCUUUCUUCCGUUCCUUCCACUCAAACCCCAGCGCGAGGAGGAACCAGGCUUGGCACAGCGCUGGUUCUAGUUCUGGGCAUCCAAGAAACGCCACCACAAAUCCCUCUUCCCCUUUUGUUCUCCGUCGACCCGACCGCGGCGCAUGCUUCUUCUUGUUCUCCUCCAUCAUGAACAUUCUGGCAAAGUUGCACGCUUGAUGUACCCAUCUGCUUUCUGUUAUGACAAAUCCUUGUGACCAAACUUGUUAAAUUAGUCAUCCCAGGGAGGAAUUUGCUUGUCAGUUAUUGGUAUUAAGGUCGCUGGCAGCUUCUUUGCAGAACAGCUGUAGAAUAAAUGGUAGAAGCAAACUCGGAUCAAUUUUGCCAUUGCCAGGAGUGUCUUGGCAAAUAUACACUACUCAGAGAUGAAGAAAACCCACGGUUGGCAAUCUUUGAGAGACGGCUUCCUUGCUUUGGUUGUGGAAUAGGAUGGUCUUCCAGUUUUCUUUUAGGUUUCUUGUGUCCAUUGAUUUGGUACUUUGCAGCCACUCUUUACUGCUGCAAGUACUACAAUAAGGACCCUCGAGAGCGCCCUGGUCUAGCUGCCUCGGCUAUUGUGGCAGCCAUCUUCACAGUUCUUACAAUUAUCGCCCUCUCUGUGACGCUGAUAAUCUCUGCAUACAAGUAAUGUCCGGAGCAGGGAAAACAGGGCUAAAUGACCCUUGAUUGGUAGAGGAAGCAGGUAUCCAGAAGAAACUUGUAAUGUCAGUGAUAGCUCAUCUUUUGAACCAUCCAUCAUGUAUCACUUUGGCAAGUUGUUGAUCGAAGCGUUCCUAGCGUCAUCUGUACCUGUUUUCGGUUGCCCUGUUGGCUGUUGUUCAUAAGCGAGGAUGUUCAUUACUCUAGCGCUAACUCUGCGCUAUUUUUUACGAGCAGUCGAAAUUCUGUA